UGAAGAAUGAUCUGCCAGAAAGCACAUCGGGCAUUUCAUAUCACAAUGUGCAAUUUGCCGUUUCAGACCAUCAAUGGGAAAGAGCAAUCUCAAAAUCGACAGAAGGGUAUCGGUGUAGUGCACGUGGGUCAACCAAGCUGACGCGAAUUGUACCUGGAGUAUCCACAGACGCUGCGUCGGGCAUUCCGCUUUCCCACCACUUCCAUGCAGAAUUCCAGUGUCUGCAUUUCUUUGCUUUCAAUAAUCGACUUUGUUUUCGGUGGGAUCCUUGUGAGUGCCAAAAUCGUUGAAAGAAUAUUUUCUUGUUUUAAAUGUUAUAGCAGCCUCUAACACUUAAUGGGCUUUAAGCAAGCAUUUAUCGAAUUCUAAAAGUAUUCAGUGUAUUUUCAAAUACAUCUGUUAGGUUUUACAUAAAGACAAAGUAAGUUAAACACGUUGAGACUUUCAAAUCUAAACUCGAUAGUUAUUUCAGUACACUAUAUGGAUAGCAAACUGGCAAGCUUUGUUGGGCCGAAUGGCCUGUUCUUGUCAAACACUUUACAAUAUUCUAAUUUCAGCAAAUGUAACCUUCACCUAUUGGACGUGGACAGUUACCACGCCCUCGAGGUUGAAGAAAACCAGCCUCUCUUUUUUUAAAGCCACAGAGAGUUGUAGAAACUCGGGCUGUGUGAGGGGAAAGCGUACUAUCGCUUUUCGGGAAACCGGACGCCCGAAGUUUCUGGCAGAGCGACAGCGCCGUGGCUCUCCUUGUUCAUAGAUCUCCCGUUCUCCCGUGGUCUUACAAAAGGAACGCCAUUUGUAACAUCGGCCUCUAUAACUUUGGAUCUCCGACCCAAUUUGUUAUCACUGUAAACUGACCUACUGGAGAGGCACGGACGCUGACUGAGAAAAUGGCUUCUAUUCACCGGCACAAGCAGGCGUUUUCCCGGAGGCCCUCACGGUAGAUUCAACGAAACUCAAAAUAAUUUCUAACUCUUCCGUUUUGGAGUAUUGUGAGCUGAAUUGGGCCCCUUACAUUCGAAAGGAUGUGCUGAAAAUGGAGAGGGUUCAAGGGAGAAACCUAUCGAAUGUCGAAAGUCCUUAAUAGAGCGAAUGUGGACAGGAUGUUUCCAGUGCCGGCAGAGUGUAAGACCAUAGGGCACGGCCUCAGAGUAGAGGGGCGUACUUUUAGAACAGAUGACGAGGAGUAUCUUAGUCAACCCUCAUUCCUCUGAAUUCUAGUGAAGACAGGCUCAGAGGUAUCGAAUGUUGUUCAUAUAACAAGCUGUUCUAUCCUGGAAUCACUUUCAUGAACCUCUUUGAAACCUUUCCAUUUUCAGCACAUGGUUUCUAAAAUAAGGGGCCCAAACCUGCUCUCAAUACUUCAAUGAGGCCUUAACAGUGCUUUAUAAAGUCUCAACAUUACAUCCUUGCCUUUAUAUUCUAGUCCUCUUGAAAUGAAUGUUAACAUCGCAUUUGUUUUUCUCACCAUAGACUCACCCUGCAUACCACGAGCUUAUCAGUAGGUCUGUGGAACAUACCCAGAAUGUGAAGCCGUACUAAUGGAGCCAAGUCACAGAUUGAUAAAGGGAAGAGACAAACAUUAUCUCAGCUGAAAUGUUGUCCUUCACACAUUACCAUCUUUUGUAAACUUUUUUUUACAGGGUAAAAAGGCAAAGGAUGUACAUAUGGGAAUCUCAAACACAACAGCCCAUCAAUUCUGUUGUGGUGGUCAAUUCAUCAGCACUCGAAUGCCACUAAUCCUUGACUGUGAAGAAGGAGGAGAUGCUUGAGAAGACAGCACAGCAGUCAUAGCACGGAGAACUCAAACGCUGAUAAAUGGCCACAGUUAAAAGUAGUGAGGCAUCAUCCACUGGCUCUCUUUUUGAGAGGAAUCCACUGGGCCACUGCUGCUGGAGGUGCACCACCAAGUUCACUGGCUCUACGUGUGGGACACAAUCAUCAAAGCAUUCAAUCUGCAGAAACACCAGUGAGUUCACACUGGAGAGACCAUUCAUCUAUUCCAAGUGUGUCAAUGGAUUUAUUCAGUCUCCUGAGCUACUGAAAACCCAGCCAGUCCACACAGAGGAGUGUCCAUGCAUCUAUUGAGUGUGUGAUGAGAUUCAUUCAGUUAACCCAACCUGGAAGGCUCCAGAAAGUUCACAAUAAGUAGAGGUCACACUUCUGUCCUCAGUGAGCAAAGAGAUUUACUCAAUCAUCCUACCGGCUGAAACACCAGCAACUUCACAUCAGGGAGGAAGUUCAAAUAAGCUGUAUGUUAAAUUUUUAACCAUCACGGUGGCUGAAUAAAGUUGAAAAUUCAUGAGGGACUGUUGAUGUCAGAUUUUGCUGUUAUUACGGCUGCUUGUCACACCUGGGACUGAACCCUGAUCACCGAGUAUUGGAGGGGUUCUCUUGAUGCUUUAUAUUUGCAUUUCUCAAUCUGUUUUAGGCUUUGAUAGUUGACAGACAGAAUGAAUUACAAUCAGUUUUAAGUUUAGUAGCACCAGUAUAUGUCGUGAAAUUUGUUAACUUACCAGCAGUAGUACAGUGCCAUACAAGAUAAUAUAGAAAAAUAAAUAAGUAAAUUAAUUACAGUCAGUAAGUAUAAUAUAUGUAUAUUAAAUAGUUAAUUUAAAAUAGUGCAAAAACAGAAAUAAGAAAAAAGUGUGGUAGUGUUCAUGGACUCCAUAUCCAUUUAGGAAUCAGCUGGCAAAGGGGAAGGAGGUGUCCUGAAUUAUUGAGUGUGUGCCUUCAGGCUUCUGUACCGCUGUAACAAUGAGAAGAGGGCAUAUCCUGAGUAAGGGAGUCCUUAAUACUGGACGCUACCUUUCCUAGAAUCCUUGAAGAUAUCUUUAAUACUAUGGAGGCUGGUGCCCAUUACCGAGCUGACUAACUUUCCAACUUUCAGUUGCUUCUUUUGAUCCUGUGAGGUAGCCUCCCCCCCCCCCAUACGAGACAAUGAUGGAGCCUGUCAGAAUGCUCUCCGCGGCACAUCUAUAGAAGUUUUCAAAUCUCCUCAAACUAAUGAAAUAUAGCCUCUGUCUUGCCUUCUUUAUAGCUGCAUGCCUGUUGAAAAUGACUAUAUUGUGUAUGGGAGUUUGCUGCAUUAAAGUAGCUGUUGAGUUCUUCACACAGGAACAUUGACUGGUUUUCAGGGAUGUGACAGAGGGAAACCUGUGCUUACAGCCAUUUUGAAUCUUAUGUAUUUAUAUUUAUUAUAUACCUGAAAUUGUAUUAAACAAUCUUGAAUCAUGAAUGUGCUAUUUGUAACUAGAUGUACGGGGUUUUGCACUUUGUUCCAAAAGGAACGAUGUUUAAUUUAACCGUCUAUAUGCAUAUAAUCGAAUGUCUCUAGGAUCUUAAACUUGAACUUGAAUGGCAUCUUGCUUACCCAGCAACCUCCGCGCUUCAGAAUUCGUCAGUGAUCAAGUGCGCAGAAGCCGGGCCUCCCGGAUCACGCAUGCGUUCUGUACACAAAUUGCUCUGAAGAAGCGGAUGGCGGUCAAAACAGCAAAGAAUUUGUUUAUGUGAAUCUGAAACACAACAAUGCAACAGUUCUGCGGUGUCUUGUCAGUUCACAUUGAUCAUUGAAUGUGGAGGUGGAGUUGCUGAGAAGGACCACAUCAGUUGUAGGAUGGAGACCCCAAGCAUGUGGUCAGUAUAGGGAUGAGAUUUGAUGAACCCACCUGGAGAUAAUCCUUGUAAAUUGUCUUCAAGUUAUUAAAGGAGUGGCCAGAUAUUUCCUUUGUGACACCAAUAUAUCUGUUGUUGAUGCUUGGAGAUGAAGUAUCUCAUCCCAGCUGGAACGGUUCAUUGUGUUUGAAGUGAAGUUGUCUAUUGUGACCUAAUAAAAUCCAAAGGAAAUGAGGUGCUGAGAAUAUACCAGUGUAUGUCACUAGAGGUCAGGUCUUCAGCUGCAUUGAUUGUGUGACAGAUUCACUACGUCUGUCAUUUGAUUUGAAUUGCCAAUAGGGUGAUAUCACUCACCUGUUCUCAGUGUGGGAAAGGAUUCACUCACUCAGCCAACCCACACACACACACACACACACACACACACACACACCAGUGAGUCACAGUGAAGAGAGGCCAUUCACCUGCUCUGUGUGGGGGAGGAGAUCUACUUGGUCAUGCAGCCUGAAGAUACAUCAUCAAGUUCACACCAUAGUGAGAUGGUUCACCUGUUAUGACUGCAGGAAGCCAUACGUUCUGUGAUCCUACAUCAGAAAAUCCACACCAGUGGGAGGCCAUUCACCUGCUCAGACCGUGGGAAGAGAUUCACUCACUCAGCUGAUCUGCAGACAUACCAGUGAGGUCACAACUGUUCUGUGUGGAGGAAAUAUUCACUCGGUCAUCUGAUCUGCUGACACGCAGGAAAGUUCACACUGGGAAGAGCCCAGACACCUGCUCAGUCUGUGUGAAGAGAUUCACUCAGUCAUCCCAUCUACAGCUAAGCCAUUCAGUUCCCACUGGGGAGAUGCAGGUCAUCUGCUCAGACUGUGGGAAAGGAUUCACUCAGUCAUCGUAUCUACAGAAACACCUGCGAGUUCACACUAUAACGAGGCCGUUCACUUGCUCAGACUGUGGGAAAGGAUUCACUCAAUCAUCGUAUCUACAGAAACACCUGCAGGUUCACACUAUAACGAGGCCGUUCACUUGCUCAGACUGUGGGAGAGGAUUCACCCGGUCAUUUAACCUACUGGCACACAAGUCAGUUCACACUGGGGAGAGGCCAUUCAUCUGCUCAGACUGUGGGAAGGGAUUCACUCGUUCAUCUGCCUUACUGGCACACCGGUCAGUUCACACUGGAGACAGUCCGUUCACUUGCACAGAAUGUGGGAAGGGAUUUAGUUGGUUAUCCCACCUGCAGACACAUCAGCAAGUUCAUACUGGGGAGAGGCCAUUCACCUGCUCAGACUGUGGGAAAGGAUUCAUUCGGUCAUCUAACUUAGUAGCACACCAGUCUGUUCACACUGGGGAGAGACCAUUUGCCUGCUUAGACUGUGAGAAGCGAUUUACACGAUCAUCUCAACUGAAGGAACAUCAGCGAGUUCACACUGGGGAGAGACCGUUCACCUGCUCAGAGUGUGGGAAGGGGUUCGCACGGUCAUCUUACCUACUGGCACACCAGUCAGUUCACACUGGGGAGAGGCCAUUUACGUGCUCAGACUGUGGGAAGAGAUUCACUCGGUCAUCCCACCUACAGACACACCAGCGAGUUCACACUGGGGAGAGGCCAUUCAGCUGCUCUGCAUGUGGGAAGGGAUUCAGUCAGUCAUCCCACCUUGUGACACACUACCGAGUUCACACUGGAUUAAAAAGUUGAUGGACAUUUAACCAACUCAUUGCUGAAUCCAGAGGCAAGUUCACGAGUGACUGUUGGUGUCAAACUUUGUAAUUAUUGCUGCUGCUCAUCACACCCAGUUCUGCAUCCUGGUCACUGGGCAUGGGAGCAACAUAUUUUGCGGAUGUUCACCUUUAAUGGGACUAGAGUUUAGUAUUCUAGAUUUGUGACAAAUAAAUCAAUUCUGCCUUAAACUCUGUCUCAUGUACUUUGAGAAUCUACAACACAUCCAGUGUAGAGUAGGGAGAUAAACCAGCCUAGCUGGUCCCUUCCGAUGUUUCUGUUCCACAACAGUUCUUUUAAACCCAUCCCUGCUAUUCACUUCUCACUCUCCCUGAGUUGAUGGGUUUUCAAACAGUCACCACUCUGUGGGUGAAGAGGUUUCCUUUAAAUUUCCUGCAUGAUUUUCUACAGACGAUGAUGAGCUGACUGCAGUUAUCUCUGACAUGUUCUUUAUCCCUCAAAUCGCUGGGCUAAGGAAAAUUGAUAUUGGUAGGUAACCUACUUAUUCCCUGCUCAUUUCAGUUUUGUGGGUCAUUUUCACUGCUAAAGGGCUGAGUGUCACACAGCUGGGUUGCUAGAAUACACCACUGUCCUCGAAAGUCUGAAAGUUCCUCAUUUGUGUGGCAAAAUAAAAACCCCAGAUUAAGUAAAAGACAGUUACAGAAAUCUAAAAAAGAUGUUGGUUUAGCUUUACCUAAUUUUAGAUUUUACUAUUGGGCGAAUAAUAUUCAAAAUUUAAUAUAUUGGAAACUAGAUUUAGAUUUACCAUUGUGCCCACAGUGGGUAAAUUUAGAAUGUAAUGAUGCACAAGGAUAUUCUUUAUUUUCUGUUCUUGGUUCCUCUCUCCCUGUUGAUUUAGUUAAACUUAAUAAACAGAUAUCUAACCCUAUUGUCAAACAUACAUUACGAAUUUGGUUUCAAUUUCGUAAGUUUUUUACUCUGAAAAACUUCGUUCUUGAUAGCCCUAUCUUUCUUAAUUUUUUCUUUAAACCUUCUUCAACAGAUCAAGCUUUUAGCAUAUGGAAAAGGAAAGGUAUAAUAUGUUUUCGUGAUCUUUUCUUUGAAGGUAGUUUGAUGUCUUUUGAUCAACUUUCUAACAAAUUUAAGUUACCUAAAUCUAAUUUUUUUAGAUACUUACAAAUUAGAAAUUUUUUGUAUAAAGUUUUACCAUCCUUUCCUAAUUCAACCUUGAUAGAUUUUUCAGAUAUGAUUUUUACUUUAAAUCCCUGUCAGAAGGGAUUAGUGGCUCUUAUUUAUAAAAGGAUUAUGAAGCUACAACCAGAGGUAUCGGGCAGAAUUAAACAGGAAUGGGAAAAAGAACUUCAAUACAAUAUAUCAACGGAAAAAUGGGAAAAAAAUUUACAAAUGGUUAAUUCUUCUUCUAUAUGUGCUAAACAUGCUCUAAUACAAUUUAAGGUCGUAUAUAGAGCUCAUAUGUCUAAAGAUAAACUUGCUCGGUUUUAUUCUCAUGUUAAUCCUCAAUGUGACCAAUGCCAUUUAAAUGUGGCUUCAUUGACCCACAUGUUUUGGUCAUGUCCUACCUUACAUAAUUAUUGGAAGGACAUAUUUGCUACCAUUUCCUCAGUUUGGAAUAUUGAUUUACAACCUCAUUCUAUCACUGCAAUUUUUGGUAUACCAAAUGAAGAUGAUAGUCGAUUCUCCCCUUCAAUUAGACGAAUGAUUGCCUUUGUAACAUUAAUGGCCAGGAGAUCUAUAUUACAAAAUUGGAAAGAAGUAAAUCCUCCUACCACAUUUCAGUGGUUCUCUCAAACUAUUUCUUGUUUAAGUUUAGAAAAAAUUAGAAGUACUGUUUUUGAUUCAUCAAUUAAAUUUGAAGAAACUUGGGGACCGUUCAUUCGACACUUUCAUAUGAAUUAGUUUGGCUUCUUCCAGACCUUUACUCUUUUUAUUCUUGUUCUGGUACGGAGUUCCGGAGUUUCUGACACUAUCAUAUACAUAUAAACUAUUAUUAUUGCCCAUGUUAGUUUCGGUUUAUUUUUUUUUAUUUCUUUAAAUAUACAUUUUUUCUUGUAUUUUAUAUAUUUUUUUCUUCUGAUGAUUAUUUCUAAUCUUUUUCAUGUAUAAUCAAU